AUGGACAAGAUCAAAGUGAUAAGCAAAAGGGUCAUUCGCUUCAAGCGUGAAUUAGUGUUGGUACUAACCCCGUUAAUACUUCUACCAGUUUUAUACAGCAUUCCUUUGAAGCAGGCAAAAUGUCUCUACGUAUUCCUUGUGAUGGUCACCUACUGGUGCACGGAAGCAUUGCCAGUUGCAGUGACCUCAUUGAUCCCCAUCGUCAUCUUCCCUACAUUCGGGAUCAUGGCCUCCAGCAAGGUGUGCCCUCAGUACUUUGCUGACACCAUCAUCCUCUUCAUGGGUGGUGUGAUAUUAGCCGUGGCCAUGGAGAAUUGGAAUCUUCACCGUAGAGUAGCACUUCAUAUCCUCAUGUAUGUGGGAGUUAAACCAACUAUGCUCCUUUUGGGAUUGAUGUUGACCACCAGUAUUCUGUCGAUGUGGAUGAAUAAUUCUGCCACAACAGUAACCAUGAUGCCUAUAGCCAAUGCAAUUCUUAAGACGCUGUAUGGUGACGAGGAAUCAACGGAUAUGUCAGUCAGCCACAUUAAUGCAGUAUUUCAACAGAAGGACCGCUUGUCAACUCAAACUGAGACACAAGAAAAUUUGGAAAUAGAUGAGGAAACGAUUGGAAAAAUGGUGAGAAAAGAAAACAAACACAUAGUGAAGGGUAUACUUCUUUCCAUUCCCUACUCUGCCAGUAUCGGAGGCAUUGCCACUCUAACAGGGUCGGUACCAAACCUCAUCCUUGAUGGUCAGGUGAAAAGGUUUUGGAUUCAGAAGAAAAAGUCUGAAACAGCAGCCAAACUGCAGGCUAUUAUACAUAAUGAAUACAAAAAAUUGGGGCCAAUAAAGUUUGCUGAGAAGGCUGUUGGAUUUGUUUUCCUUCUGUUCGUAAUUAUUCUCUUCACAAGAAGUCCCAAAUAUAUGUUGGGGUGGGAGAAAAUCUUCCAGCCCAAGUACGUCUCAGAUGCCGCAGCUUCUACUUUGAUCAUUAUUUUAUUGUUCAUCUUUCCCUCACAAAAACCAACUUACAAAUGGAAAAUUGAUCCUUCGGUGGUGCCACUGCUAUCCUGGAAAACAGUCCAAAAGAAAGUUCCCUGGAAUGUGUUAAUAUUAUUAGGAGGAGGUUUUGCAUUAGCAAAAGGAACCGAGGAAUCAGAGCUGUCCGUAUGGAUCGGGGAUCUCUUUCAACCGCUGGAAAAGAUCUCAGCAAGUGCAGCUGUCUUGCUUAUUAGCUUGACGGUAUCUGUGGUUACGGAGUUUCUCAACAGUAGUGUCACAAGUGCAGUCCUGUUGCCCGUUUUGGCUAAACUGUCCGUACGUAUGAAGGUACAUCCCCUUUACCUGAUGGUGCCUGCAACAGUGAGCUCCUCCUUUGCCUUUACAUUGCCAAGCGGAACCCCUGAAAAUACCAUUGCCUUUAGUUCAAGACAGCUCCAUGUCAAAGAUAUGGUCAAAGGAGGGAUCGUCCUGAAUGUUUGGGGAAACAUCCUACUUUUCCUAGCAAUCAACACAUGGGGUCAGCCUAUAUUCCAAUUGUCAACUUAUCCUGACUAG